CAUACUUUUUUUGACGUUGGCCAUAUUGUUAUUACCGAAGGAGGUCGAUGUUCGCUUGUUCCAUGUUCCCACAAAAGUGGAUUUGAAUUUGUUCGUUGAUCGUUAUGUUUGUGUUAAGUAAAUAUAAUUUUAUUUCAACAGCUCGUUGAAAGAAAAUGAUCCGAUUGUGAUCAUUAGCUUGAUAUUUAUUUUGGUUGGAUUACGAAUGUCAUAAGAGUUCGAAAUGAAACCCACGAGGGCGCGGCAGCCCCAGCGCAAGAACACCGCGAAGCAGAGGCCUGCAGGCACGGACGUGGUGAAGGUGUUCUGCCGGGUGAAGCCGCUCGCGGGCGACGAUGUGUCCUGCAUGCGGAUUGACUCGGACGACUCCAUCACCCUGGUGAGCCCCGACGUGUCCAAUCGCAACCACACCAAGGAGUACCAGUACGUGUUCAAGCAAGUGUUCGACGACGGGGCGCCCCAGAAGCUGGUGUUUGACGAGGUGGCACUGCCGCUCGUCGAGGGUCUCAUCCAGGCCAAGAACGGGCUGCUGUUCACGUACGGCGUGACUGGCGGCGGCAAGACCUUCACCAUGACGGGCGAUCCGCGCAAUGGCGGCAUCAUGCCGCGCUGCCUCGACACUCUCUUCAACAGCAUCUCGGAGUUCCAGGCCGGCAAGUUCACCUUCCGGCCGGACAGGACGAACGGCUUUGAUGUUGUGAGCGAGGGAAAUGCCAUCAUAGAACGGCAGCGGGAGAUAUUCAAUGAGAUGAUCCCAUCCAAAACUCCAAAGACGCCUAGAAGGAAAGAUUCCGAUGAGGACUUGUCGAACAGGACCCCGGACCAGACGAAACUCACGUGCGCCAACCCCGACCACGUGUACGCGGUGUUUGUGACGUACGUGGAGGUGUACAACAACAGCGUGUUCGACCUGCUGGAGGAAGUGCCCGACGAUGUCUUCCGCUCCAAGCCGCUGCAGCCGCGGCAGGUGCGCGAGGACGCGGGCCACAACAUGUACGUGCACGGCGUGACGGAGCUGGAGGUGAAGUCCAGCGACGAGGCGGUGCAGGUGUUCUACAAGGGCCAGAAGAGGAAGCGCGUGGCGCACACGCUGCUCAACGCAGAGUCCAGCCGCAGCCACUCCGUCUUCACCGUGCGCCUGGUGCAGGCCCCGCUGGAUGCCCACGGAGAGUAUCCCGUCCUGGACAAGAGGGCGGUGUCUGUCAGUCAGCUGUCAUUGGUGGAUCUGGCCGGCAGCGAGCGCACCAACCGCACCAAGAACCAGGGCCAGCGUCUCAAAGAAGCAGGAAACAUCAACAACUCGCUGAUGACGCUGCGCACGUGUCUGGAGGUUCUGCGCGAGAACCAGCUGACGGGCAGCAACAAGCUGGUCCCGUACCGAGACUCCAAGAUCACGCACCUCUUCAAGAACUACUUCGACGGCGAGGGGCAGGUGGUGAUGGUGGUGUGCGUCAGCCAGAGCGUGGCCGACUACGACGAGACCAUCCACGUGAUGAAGUUCGCGGAGAUGACGCAGGAGGUUCAGGUGGCACGCCCCACACCCGUCAAGCCCGCCGUGGGAAUGGACCUGCCCGCCGGCCGCAGAUAUGCCAACCAGGUAUUCAGAGAACUGCAGAACGAUUAUGAAAACGGUAACUUGGAUGCACACAUAGCUCCCGACGGUAACGAGAGGUUUGUGUUGAGCUCCGGGCAGCAGUUCCCGCGGCUGGAGCUGAACCGGCCGAACGACACGGCCAUCCAGGAGCUGGUGUCCUUCCUGGAGCAGCGCAUGGCCCGCCGGCAGGCCCUCUACGACCAGUACCUCCGGGCCGUUAAUGACUUCCGGAACAACGUGAUGGAGGUGGAGAGAACGAACAUGCUGACGAGUCAAGAGAACAGCAGUCUGAAGGUGAUCCUGGAGCAAGAGAGGAGCAGGGGGGACGAGCUGGAGCGCGUGCUGGCGGAGAAGGAGACCCUCCUCGCCGGCUUCCAGCGGCAGCUCAACGAGAAGGAGAAGGCUCUCCGGGCCCUAGAGUUGGAGGCGCGCGAGAAGGACCACCACAUACAGCUGCAGAACAUCGAGAAGCGGCACGUGGAGCAGAAGUACACGGACAAGAUCAUCGCGGAGAAGGAGAAGCUGUCCAAGGAGAUGAAGCAGAAGAUCAGGGAAGAGAAGCAGUACCUGCAGCACCAGGUGCGCCAGAAGGAGGAGAAGCUGCACCAGGUGAAGCGCAUCCUGGCGGACGACAAGGGGCGGCACACCCCGCGGGCCGCCCCCCUCCACAGCUCCCACUCGGACAGCCGCCUGUGGCCCACCCCCAGCUCCUCGGAGCACAACGUGGUGCCGUCCCAGUUCCUCACCCCGCUCGUCCGCAAGCACGGCUUCAUGACGACGGGCCGGCACCGACGCUCGCGCUCGGUGGAGGGCGUGGGGGGGGAGAAGUGGAUCGACCACCGGCCGGCCAUCGCCGCCCAGCUCACGACGGUGCUGCAGCCCAACAUGAAGAAGCGCAAGUCGGUGUCGAAGCUGCUGGACGUGAAGGACAUCACGGAGGCGAAGGCCUCCAAGUACUGCCUCAUGACCCAGGAGCAGGACUCCGGCGGCGAGCUGGAGACGGUCCUCUACAAGGUGGACGUGGUGCCGACGACCGGCGGCGGGGCGCAGGUGAUCUUCAACGACGUGGAGCACCUGACCCAGUCGUCGCCCACGUCGCCGCGCCGCAAGCGCAGCGCCAGCGCCGAGCCGGUCUGCUCCGCGCCGCGCUGCAACAUCUCCAUCGAGGGCCACGGCAAGAAGCCCCGCGUCUGACGCUCCUCCCUCGCUUCCGGACUGUACUUAACCAACCACUGUUCAGGAUUACCGACCACUGGUUAUGUGGGUAACAAGAGUGGAAGUGUGUAUUAGAUCACUAUUUUGAUUUUAAAGCGUGUAUAUUUUUAACUGUCAAACAUUUUUACAUUACACAUUUGGUACUUAGUUUUUUUAAUGCCCACACACAGGAUAAAGUUAACUUCAGAAUGAGCAUGCAUUUCUGUUGCAUUUAAGACUGUGGUUGUAAUAAGUAGUGGUGGUAACUAACUUUUGAGAUAUUUACAUGUGGGAUGUCAAUUAAUGUAUGAAUGUAUAUGUUUGCGCAAGAUUUUUUUUUAUAAAUAUUGCUAAGAAAACCAACAUGUACCCCGUAAGUAAAAAAUAUUAGUCCCUUCCCAGAAAGAGCUAUAAAAUAUUUGUGUGAACCUACCAAUUCUUUAGUAUUCAUUUCAAAUAAUGUCAAUAAUUAAAAUGUUAGUAAAAAAAUUUUUUUUUAAUUAUUCAUUUUAAUUUCUGUAGACAUCCUGGGAAUGAUCUUGUGAGUAUACUUAUUCAGAUGAAUGUGAAUGCCAGCGCAGCGGGGGCCUGUCUGCAAGACUGUGCUACACACAGUGUUGAGAUAUUCCAAUGACAACAAUUUAUUGUUACUCUUUGCACCGCGGUGAACUGAGGUGGUUUUCAGACACAUUAUGCUGUGGAACUAAUUUUUUCUAAUAUUGGCCAAUUUCACGUAAAUUUAAACAGACUGUCCACAGCGAUAAAUUUGAGUACAUGAUCUUUGUAUAAAAACUAUUUCAAACAUACUGUCAGAAAGUACUUAUUUUUUUAUAAAUUUUUUGAAUAAUUUACAAUUUAUUUUUAUCCUUGUAUCUUUAAUGUAUAGCUUGAUAAUAUGUAUUUACAUGGGUUAAGAAGCUGUGCUGUUAUAUAUUUAGGUAUACUGUUAAUAUAUUUUUUAUAUUUAAAAAAUUUAUAUUUUCUUAAUCAUGGCAAAAUAGUAUUCCAUUUGCAAUCAAACUGCAGUCUUAUCUCAGCUUAUGAAGUAUCCAUUCAUGUAUGGAGUAGGUUCACUGACUAGAUUAAAGGCAUCUAGUACAAUAUAUUUUCUUUUGCUAACGCCCAUUACUUUGUCCUUAAAGUUUGUCAUUAUUUGUUUUCCUCUGCUCACAGGCUUCCAAAUAAUGAGUAGCUAUCACAAUAGUCACAGUGUGUUACGAGUAGAUGUUUUUAGCGAUUUAAAGUUGUGAUGUUUCGGUUGCCGCAAUUUGUGGGGAUUGUCACUGCCUUCUGUCGUCGGAAGGGACAAGUGGACGGCCUUUUUGUAGCGUAGUCUCUUGUGUACUGCUAACCUUUAUUGCGUUUGCUCUGAAAAGGUUUUAGCUUUCUAACUUAGAAAUUAGAACAUUGUGAUUUGGAAUGUCAAAAGUACUCGCAGACUUGUGAUAUAGACCUUAUAAGUGAAUUGUAUGUUCAAUUAAAAUGUUCUUUGUUCUUUCAUUUUUUUAAGUUGGAGAUUGUGAUUUAACAUUAUGCUUGAAAAUAAUAAACAGGCAAAAGCAGACAAGAGGUGUUAUGAAAGGCAAUGUUGGCACAAGCCGCCAGGAAGUGGCAGUGAACGGAUGCGAAAGUACAGGAUACGUAAAUAAAACACUUUUUCAUUUGAGAUCAUACCCUCACCCCUAUUAUUCUCAAUUAUUAUCUCAUGUUCAGUAAAAAAAAAAACUAAUACUUUAUCUCUAUUGAUACUUAACAAGCAGGAAGUUUCACUUGUGCGUGAAAUAACUGCACACAUUUUUUUUUUAAGAAAUUUGUUCAUGUGUUGCCAGUGUCAUGCUCAAAUAUAUCAAAUAUUAUGUACAAAAACAUUUUAAAAAAAUUGUUACUGAACCUACAUAAUGUAAUCAGCACUUGGGAAUGUUAAUAUUUGAUUGUUUGCCUUUAAAUUUCUUCUUGUUGCCACUGCUGCUGAUACGGUUUAAAAUUGGUCUCCAUUGUCACUAUCAUCCUAUACAUUCACUUCAGUAAAAACAAUCAAUCUGCCAUAUUGAAACCCCAAAAAUUUUAUACAUUUUUCUUGUAAUGUGUUUCUGUACAAUCUAAGCCCAAUCUGUAUAUUACCACUUACAGAAUUCCAUGUUUACCUAAUUAUUUGGUUACUUAGUCCUUUUAACUUUUUCAGUGUACUAGAAACUAAAUAAAUUUUUGUAUAUUUCUAAUGUUCU